CAGCCGCAGGCGGGCAACCUAUACAGUGACUAACUGAUAUUACUCGAAAUGUUUUAUACAAUCAUCAAAAUCAAAUCAAAAGAUAAUACCAUUACGAACACUGUGGCGCCAUAAUUUUCCAUCUUUUAAUGACAAUACUCCAGAGAGGCAAAACACACUUAAUUUCCCGUCUCAAAUUUCUCACCCCUUUACAGAGAUUCAACCAUACUUUAACUAAAGAGGAAUUAAAAGCACCAGUCUGCCAUGAAAUGGGUCGUGAUUUUCUCGCUCAACAGAGAUAUGUUGUUGAUAGAUCAAAAUGGAGAAAAGUGAAUGCUAGGUAUCAUGGUAUAACUCGUUCAAUGAUUCCUGAUGCUCCAUGGACGGUUUUGAAACUUUUGCGUGUUGGAGGAUUUGAAGCAUACUUAGUGGGUGGAUGUGUGAGAGAUUUGCUUUUGAAUAGAGUACCUAAAGAUUUUGAUGUGAUCACCACAGCCAACCUUCAGCAGAUAAAAAAGAAGUUUCAUCGUGCUCAUAUUGUUGGACGACGAUUUCCUAUAUGCAUAGUGCAUGUCAAAGGAUCAGUAAUUGAGGUAUCCAGUUUUGAGACAAGUGCACAACAGUGUCAGGAAAAAGAAAAGGUUCUUUUAUCUCAAAUGCGAAGGAGCUGUGACGAAAAAGACUUCCUUCUCUGGAAAAAUAGUAUGCAGCGGGAUUUCACAAUUAAUAGUUUGUUUUUUGACCCUUUCAUGAAUCGCAUAUAUGAUUACGCCAAUGGAAUGGAAGAUGUAAGGUCACUAAAGCUACAAACAUUAAUCCCUGCUCGACUGUCAUUCCAAGAGGACUGUGCAAGAAUCUUGCGGGGCAUAAGAAUUGCAGGUCGUCUAGGCUUGUCAAUUUCUAAGGAUACUGAAACUGCAAUAUGUAAACUUCAAUCUUCUGUCAAGAGUCUGAACAAGGAUAGGAUAAAGAUGGAACUGAACUACAUGCUGUCCUAUGGAGCUGCAGAGUCUACUAUCCUUUUGCUCCAGAGAUUCCACCUGCUUAAGAUAUUUCUUCCCUUUCAUGCAGCAUACCUUCACGAACAGGCUGAUGAAGUAUCUGCUCAGGGUUCCACAAUGUUGAUGAAAUUGUUAUACAGUUUGGAUAAAAUAGUUAGCAGUGAUCGACCUUGUGAUUGCAGUCUAUGGGUUGGACUGCUAGCCUUUCACCAAGCAUUAGUACUUAAUCCACAAGAUGCUUUUGUAAUCUGGGCCUUUGCUUCUAUACUAUAUUGUGGAACAUGGCAGGAAGGUGUUAAAUUUGCAAGAGAAAAUGCAAAAGUGGAAGGGAGAUUUGUACCAGAGAUCUCUGGGUUCUCUGAAAUUAAAUCAGAUGAAAAACUUGCUGAAGAAGUUUCUCAGUUAGCAUCUUUAGUUCAAGAUGCUGUAAAUGCUUUUACAGAUGAAAUUAGUUUAUCUGAAUCCCUGUCCAGAUACCUGGACCCCCCCCUCGAUGUUUUUGUGUUUGUAUCAAAGAAAAUAGGUGAACAUGCUGGUCUUCUUUUUCAUAUGCAAUCUUGUGAAUAUAGAAGAGAGAGUUUCAAGAUUGACUAUGAUCUGCUUGUGAAAGGGGAUCUGUAUGAGACUAGAUUUGUCCUGGGCAAGGUUAUUUUGAAAACUUUGAGUGGUGGGCUUGUUCAAGGAGGAAAGGAGAUUAUCAAGGAGGAGUUAAAAGUCGUCAAGGUGAAUCACGAGCCAACACUUUCUGAUCUGGCAAAGGAUGGACGUGUGGUCAAGAAGGUGAAAGAACAUGUUCUAUUAUCAUUUGAUGAACAAAAGAUAGAGAAAGUGAAGCAGAAGGAAAAGGUAAAGAUGAAAUGCUCUUCAGAACAGAACAUUAAUAGCACGAAGGAAGAGGUAGAUUUGAAAGAUGCAUCCAUGGAGAUAGCUAAGAAGCAGCGGAAGGUAGAGGAGAAAUUAUGUUCACCACUGCAGGAGAGUGAUAAAAAGCAAGUGGCUGUUGGCGAUGAGGAGCACCAGCAUAGGGCUAAGAAGCAUAGGAAGAUGGUAGAGAAGGUGAAGCGCCACGAGUUAUGUUAUAAAGAAACGAUAAAUAGUAUGAAGGAAGAGGUAGUUUUGCAAGAUACACCCAUGGAGAUAGCUAAGGAGCUGCGGAAGGUGGUUGACACAAGGCAGGUUUCUGAGGAGAAAUUUCAUUCCCCACUGCAGGAGAGUGAUAAAAAGCAAGUGGCUGUUGGCAAUGAGGAGCACCAGCAUAAGGCUAAGAAGCAUAGGAAGAUGGUAGAGAAGGUGAAGCACCACAAGUUAUGUUAUAAAGAAACAAUAAAUAGCAUGAAGGAAGAGUUAGUUUUGAAAGAUGCACCCAUGGAGAAAGCUAAGAUGCAGCGGAAGGUAGUUGACACAAGUCAGGUUUCCGAGGAGAAAUUUCAUUCACCGCUGCAGGAGAGUGAUAAAAAGCAAGUGGCUGUUGGCAAUGAGGAGCACCGGCAUAGGGCUAAGAAGCAUAGGAAGAUGUUAGAGAAGGUAAAGCACCAGGAUAAAGAAACGGAAGAGCCAUUUAAUGUAAUAAGGAAGUGUAAUCCAAGUGAGGAUGAGAAAGUUAAGGGGGGAGAGAAAAACGAUAGGCCUCCUGUAUUGCAGGAGAUGGUCAAGGAAAAAAGUGUCCAGUCUUGUCUAUCCAGUCUCUUCAAGUGAUGGUGCCCGUUUUAUUGCAAGAUACAUGUAGCACUGGGGGAAGGCAUUGCCAUGUAACUAACAAAUGACUGGCACAAGUUAGUGGAUGUCUUUUGCUAUCAGGCACAAUUUCCUUGUCACUGCAGGUCUGCUGUAAAAGGGGCUGAUGGUAGCUUGUCCCAGGUUACAUUGGCUUAUUGUCAUUGUAACAUCAUCCAGUUUUGUAGUAUUCUUUUGUUUCAUAAUUUAGAAAGAAUUACAAUUGUCGGCUUCAGCGGUCAUCUUAACAGGCAAAGUAUAUCUAUAUGGUUUGUAUUAGGUUAUGUUUCGGGAAGGUUAAGAGCCAAAAUGAGUAGCUAGCUCAAGCUAACCAUGUAAUUCUUUAGGUUUUUGGGAAUUUCUGUUGUAUACUUGGUUAGGAGUUGAUGGCCAUCAAAAGAAUGUUGCUUCACUUGUUUGUCAA